CAUCGGCCCAAAAAGAGAAAAAGCAUCACUCAUCACAAAGAGCAAUGGCAAGAUCUCUCCUCCUUUUCUUCAUCAUGGCUGAUGCUUUUUUGGUUUUCGCGACGGCAGAUUUGAAGUCAGACUCCCCCGAUUCUUCUUCGACUUCAGCUGUCCGCGGCGCAACGCUGACAGCGGCCCAAGAGACGACGAAUCGGAAGCUUGGGAGACAUCAAAUGAGACUUGAGAUGGCCUUCGGAGGGCCGAGCGCAAGCCCGUCUCGUGCCCUGGCUCAAAGCGAGGCUAGCUCUUCUGAUCUGUCGCCGACUUCGUUGGUCGAGCAAGAGCUCCUUUUGGUGAAACAGAAGCAUCACUCGUCGGCGGAUAAGUCUGUGGCCGGUGGCGGGGUCAUCCUCGGCGGCCUCGCCACGACAUUCUUGGUGGCGGUGUUCUGCUACAUAAGAGCGACGGGAAGACAUAAAUCGGAGUCGGAGGCUGCUAGUAACACGGCUGAUAAUGCCUAGAUUCGCUUCCUCUGGAUUUUAUUUCGUACGUAAAAUGCAUAUAGUCGGAGAGAAUACAAGCCACCUUAUUGAUCA